CGCACGAGCAGCUCUCCAUCCUCCUCACGCGCCUCCCAAAAAAAGACACACAUACACACACACACACACACACACACGCACACGCACACACACACACUAGACAGACACGCACGCACGCAGGCACCCCGCGCUCCAGAAGCUCGCGCUCCGUCCUCCAUGGCCUCGUCGUCCGCGAGCGGCGCGGAGGAGGUGCGCGCCCCCGCGCUCACGCCGCUGAAGCUCGUGGGUCUGGCCUGCGCGUUCCUCGCGCUGUGCCUGGACGUGGGUGCCGUACUGAGCCCCGCGUGGGUCACCGCGGACGGUCAGUACGCGCUGUCUCUGUGGAUGUCCUGCUGGAGACCCAACGAAAACAGCAACUGGCAGUGCAGCAGCACGCUCGAGACGGAUUGGCAGAUUGCCACGUUGGCACUGUUGCAUGGCGGAGCGUUCCUCAUUCUCAUCUCCUUCCUGGUGGCUCUGAUCUCCGUCUGCACUGGCACCAGGAGACGCUUCUACAAACCUGUAUCUGUCAUGCUGUUCGCCGCAGUUGUUCUGCAGGCUUGCAGUUUGGUUCUCUACCCCAUCAAGUUCAUCGAGACCAUCAGUUUGAGAAUAUACCACGAGUUCAACUGGGGCUACGGCCUGGCCUGGGGGGCCACCAUCUUCUCCUUCGGGGGAGCCAUCCUGUACUGCCUGAACCCCAAGAACUAUGAAGACUACUACUAAACCCGCUCGACGACUACAUUACCCACGAUGCACUCCGCUACACUGUUUCUGACAGCAGCAUAAGUUAAUGCACCGAACCUUGCAGGACCGAUCAUAUCCUUACAAACAAAGCAGAGCAAAGCCAGGCCUGUCAGACUGGGACUGAAAAAUCUGUUUAUCUGGCUGCUUUCGAGCGUCUUUCGGUUUCUCGCACCGACAAGCGUCUGCGUCCGUUAUUGUCCCCUUAAACUCUCUCACCGCUCCCUCAUUCAUCAAAGUGUCACUCACCCCCUUUUUCCAUCUGUCUGUCUCAUCUGUUCUCACCUUCUCCUCACAUUUCUGACACCCCGUGAUCCAUUUCUGAUCUCUGUGCGCUCUUUUUAGCCAUCAGGCUCCAGAACUUUCUGGAAUUUCUGGAACUAGCCUGUGAUGUGUCGUCCCUGCGGAGCGCUCCAUCUGGAGUAAGAUGUGUAGCCAAGCAGGUGACAGGGGUUGUCUGACCAGCCACACAGACACGGAUCAAAGCAAGUACGGCAAUAAUUAGAAUAUCAGUCAGUCUCGGUAAUGAGAAAGCACAGGUAUACCCAAACAGAGAGAGCGGAAAGAAAAAUAAGGAUGUUUUCGAGAUCUGGUUACAGAGCUGCACGAUACAGGCACAUUAUGAUUGCGAUAAUAUUAACUAAUUUUGAUAUUCGAGAAUCCGUAAAAUGAACGGAUAUUAUUGAGUUUAUCCGAAUAUCCAUAAAAGCCACUGGACAGAUAUUACUGAAUAUACCUGAGUAUCCGUAAAAGCUAAUGAACGGAUAUUAACUAGUUGGUCUACUAGUAACACCAAGAACAGAGAAAUAUGUUUUCAGUGUUUUGGUUCUAGCUAACGCCUAGUGGUUAGCCCCCCAGAUAGCAAGCAUAUAUCGGUCCACUGGCUUGAUAAGGUCGCUGACUGCAUGCCACUGCUGGUCCACCGCUGCUCGUCCUCUAUACAAAGUCUAUUUGUAGAUUUUAAAUGCACAGAGCCUUUUAUUUUGGAAAAUAAUCUGAGGCAAAUAUUCUAAACAACUGAGAAAAAAAAAUGACUAGGCCUAAUAUAAAAUGACUUAGUUGAAAAUGUUGCUGACACUGUGCUACAAAGGAUAAUGAAAGAAAGAAGUGAAGGAUAAUGAAGGAUAAACUGGACUUUGAGAGGAAAACCUGCGAUGAAAAGUGGGUAAUACUCUGCUUAAUCACUGGUGGACCACCUGAAAAACACCAGUGGGCUUCUGGCUUUGCCGUCAGGAGGCUAACAGCAGCCCGAUAUCCUGUCGCUCCCGUCCUAAUGCUCGCAGUGAGGCACCGUCGCUGUGGCAAAUUAUAGUUUACUUACGUAAAUAUGAGCACAUCCUGCACACUUAGCAGCUCCGUUAAAUCACAACAGGUUUCACUGAAUUGUUAGCUAGUGAGCUAAUGCUAACACUAGCGCUAACCGUUGCAGCAUUGUGUCGCCGUCUUCCUCACAAAGCUUUUUCUCCUCAGUGGAUGAAGCGCCAACAUGUUAGUUUGUCUAGACUGAGAACAGAAAUUUCUUUCCAGUGUUUUUGGUUCUAGCUAGAGCGGUUAGCCUAGCCACAGCUUCAUCUCUACAUUCUCAACCGGCAUUUCUGACGUUAAGCCACCUUCGUUGUAGCAAAGUAUCACAAACUUACAUAAACGGGUCAUUCUACAGAAACGUCCACUUUUCUGUCUCUCCAUAGGAGUCACUGGUGUUACCGAUCGUCAUUGGUGUUACACAUAAUAAAGGAACACCAGAGACAUUUUAAUGAACAAUACAUUUUACAGAAUGGCUGCUACA